ACACUUUUUCUAGGAGUUUUGCUUUGUCUUGCUUUGCUUUGCUUUGUGAAUGAGAACUUAACUUUGGAACUCAUUUUGAAGCUAACAAGAAGAAAAUGCCAUGUUCAGAAAAAGAAGCUCUUGUUAGGCUGUUCUACAAUGUCUCGAGUUCAUUCCAGCUCCUCUUCCUCUUCCUCUACUGCUCCUCCUUUAUACUUCCCAAGUUCUUCCAUUUUCUUGGCAGAAAUCCAAUAAUUCAAAGAAACCAAAAUCGAUAUGAAUAUAACUUCUCAGAGGAUGAAGCAGAAGAAGUAGAAGUAGAAGAAGAAGAAGAAGAUGAGAGGUAUUUUCAUGUUGAGUGCAACGAAAAAGAUCUUCUUGUAGCUGACAUCAUUGGUGGCGGAGAAUCACUAUUGUUUUUGCCAAAACACCCUCGGAGGAAUCAAACUCUUUCUGAAGAAUUCAUUACUCCACAAGAGAGCUUAUUUGAAGACCCAGAUGAAGAUUCUGCCCUUGAAAUUGAAAACCUCUCUGUUAAAUGUGUUCAUGAAUCUGACGGAGAGCAUGAAGUUGAAGAUGUGUUUGAAGAAGAGAUUCCUACAAGAGAUGCUGAUUCAGUUUACAAAUCUGAAACAAAUCAAGGUGGGCCCUACAUGCUGAUUUCUAAAGACCUACACAAAAGUGAAGUGGAAGACAAUGACAAAAACUGUGACGAAGACUAUCAUAAUCGAGAACAUGAAAGCAAGAAGUCAGAGACAACAAAUUUCUCAGAGGAUGAGAAAUUUUUUACUUUUGCACCACCCAAGUCAGAGAGAAAGAAGUCAAUAGUUCAAGAAAAGGAGGAGGAUGAGAUAUUUGGUGAUUCAUGCACUGCUGGCUCUACAUCUAAGAGCUCGUCAGAGUGGAGAAGCUCAGUUAAUUAUUCUGAGGAUCCACUUUCUUCUUCAUCACGAAGGAGUUGUCCCAAAUGGGAAUCGUACACAAUGUUUCAAAAAUAUGAUGAGGAAAUGAUGUUCCUAGACAGAAUAAGUGCACAAAAGCUUCAUGAAACUGAGUCACUUAGGUCUGUUCUAGUGGGUCCAAGAUCAAUGUCAGAGAGAAUUGUUCAUAAAAUUUCAACAAUAAAGAAAAGGCCAUCAGAUAACCGUCAGAACCCAUAUCAUGAACUGGAAGCAGCAUAUGUGGCACAGAUUUGCUUAACAUGGGAAGCUCUAAAUUGGAACUACAAGAAUUUUCUACAGAAGAGAGCUUCACGGCGUGACAAUGACCCUGGCUGUCCUGCCCAUGUUGCGCAAGAAUUUCAGCAAUUCCAAGUUCUUUUACAGCGAUAUAUAGAAAAUGAACCUUAUGAGCAAGGCCGGAGACCUGAAAUCUAUGCUAGGAUGAGGCUUUUGGCACCAAAGUUACUUUUAGUUCCAGAAUACCGAGAUUCCGAAGACGAUCAGAAGGAUGGUUUUGGAUCAAGAAUAUCUUCAGAUGACUUUCUUCUAAUAUUGGAAGACGGCAUCCGAACUUUCAUGAAUUUUCUCAAGGCUGACAAGGAAAAACCUUGCCAAGUUAUAUCAGCAUUUUUUAGGAGAAAUCGAAGAGGUUCAGUCGAUCCAACUCUUCUCCAUCUAAUGAAGAAAGUUAAUCAAAAAAAAAAGAUGAAGCUUAAAGAUCUUCGCCAUCCACGAGUAUGCUUGAUGAGAAAAAGGAAAUUAAAGGUGAACGAAGAGAUGGAGAUCUUAAUGGGUCUAAUAGACCUGAAAGUGGUGUCUAGGGUUUUGCGAAUGAAUGACAUUGUUGAAGAACAGACGCACUGGUGUGAAGCAAAGAUGAGCAAAGUGAGAGUUGUGGAAGGGAAACUGCAAAGAGAUUCCUCACCACUUUUCUUUCCUGCGCACUGACCCACCAUAUUUUGAUGCUUUAUGACUAGAUAUUGAAUGUGCAUUACCACACAAAACGGAUAUCCAGGAAACCCUUUUGUAAAUACUGUAGAAAAAAAGAAACAUAUGAUGGGGCCCAACGGAUGAAAGUAACUACAUGUGGGUGACAUGGAUUAUGGUGAUAUGGAAUCCAUGAAAGAGAGUAGUAUAGAUCAUGGUUAGCUUUGUGAUCCAUGAAUGCUGAAAGUGAAAGACCGAAGACAAAGCAAGGAACAUGAAGGUAGAGACAAAGAUAGCUUUAGCUUUAGCUUUUUUUUUGUUAGGGUUUUAAUAAGGGAUAUGAGCUGCAUAAAAAGAAAGAAUGAACAAGGCUGCUAGACAUGUGGAAUAAAAAGGUAGCACAUGGUACACUCAAGGGAUUAGUAUAAGCAGACGACCCCACUUAGAUAAAAGAAAGGAGAGAGAAAUAAACGUGUACAUCAGCCUUUUAUGAUAUAUCUAGAGAGCAUGGUAUUUUAUGAUUUAUGUUAAUGUUAAUCUUGUAGUUUGGACUAUAUCAUGGAGAUGAAAUGGAUGACUUUCAAAA